CUGAGGUCGGUAAGCAACUCCGGUAUUUUGCGUCGUUCCUUUCUUUCUGGGAUUGUGGAGAAACAAACAAGGUUCCUCUAAUUUGACGCAACAAUGACUAUGAGAGCCUUAGAGGGCUUCUCUCUAUACCACAUGAGCAGCAGUACAAGGGAGACAGCUUCUUACAUUUUAGGUGUAAUCAGUGUCAUUGUUUGGGUUAUUGCUGAGAUACCUCAAAUAAUCACAAACUACACUGCAAAAUCUGCUAAGGGUCUCUCUCUCACUUUCUUGUUCACAUGGGUAAUCGGAGAUAUCUUCAACCUCUUGGGAUGCAUUCUUGAGCCUGCAACUCUUCCAACUCAGUUAUAUGUGGCAGUGCUUUAUACCAUAAUAACCAUUGCACUUGGUUCGCAAACCAUUUAUUAUGAGCACAUAUAUCAUGGACAAAAGUACAAGAGACAGCACGAGCCUGAGACACCAGAAAUAUUUAGACGAAGCAACAGUGCAGAGCAAAAAGCUAGUGAUGCUGAGCAUAAUGAUGAAUAUGAUGAUUUCAGUGAUGGUGCUAAAAUGAGUUCUCCUAUUCCUUUUCCAGGACAACCUCAAAGUCCCAAUUCAGAAUUAUUCUACCAGUCAGCAAGAUAUUUGUCUAAGAGUUUUACACCAACAGCAGGAUCUGUCUUAGCCCAAAGAGCAUCACCAACAUCCUCUUAUGUAGGCUCCAUACAUGAGGGUCUGCUCGGUUCAGCUGCCAUCCGACAAUCUGCGCCAGCUAUAAAGAUCAAGAGUACUUUUUGUUUGGUGUCAACAUUAACUUUUCUUGGUGCUAUCAACUUCCUUCAAUCACUGGAUAGAAGAAUUGACCCCUUGAUCUCCAACCCAAGACAAGAAGUUGUGAUUUAUGUUGGAAGAAAGCUCUUUCAGGUUGGUGGCGAGCAGAUGCUAGAAGAAGGUUUAGCAGGAAGCCUCGGGACCUUACUUGGUUGGGCAAUGACAUUUAUAUAUUUGGGUGGAAGGCUGCCUCAAAUAUGUCUGAAUAUCAGAAGAGGUCAUGCUGAGGGCCUCAAUCCUUUGAUGUUUCUUUUUGCUUUAAUGGGGAAUGCCACUUAUGUUGGAAGCAUACUUGUGAUCAGCUUGGAAUGGUCAAGAAUCAAACCAAAUCUACCAUGGCUAGUGGAUGCAGGAGGAUGUGUCCUUCUAGAUGGCUUUAUUUUGAUGCAAUUUAUGUAUUUCCGCUUUUGGAGCUCUCCUCAGAGUGAUUAUAAACCUCUGACUGUUGCUUAAAGAGGAAGAAACAGGUAAUUUGUUCCGGCAUCAUUCUGACAUAGAUGUUCAUAGCAAUCUUGCAAUGUCCACUUAGCCGAUCGAUACCUGUUAGCCAGAACGCCAGAAACAGAAAAGGAAAUGUCUCUUGUAUUUGAUCAAUAGAUUGACAUUUUAUACUUUGAUAGUUUUAGACAAUAUAAAAUGCUUUACUAUAAUGAAACCUCAGGGUUACUUUUCUUUGUUCAACCAGGAUGUGUUUGAUUACUUAGCAAUUUAGCAUCAAUAUAUGCCUACUGCGGAUUGUGGAAAAAAUGCUUGUAAUUUUGUGAAGUUUACUUUGGAAUUUACACUA